GAAUUUUCAUUGGUUAAAUUAAGAUUUAGAUGAGCAGGAAACUGUACUUGGGAAAAAUACUUCCCUCGGGGAAUAAGUUUUCGCAGAUUUGUUCCGCACAUAAUUGUAAAAAUCUAAAUUUCACAACACAGUAAUCUUAUAUAGGUAUGUACCAUAUAUAGUCAAAGAUAAAUAUAGAGGCAGUAUUUCACACAUAUGCAAUCUCAAACAUCUUGCGCGGCUAUUAUAAAUGAGCCCUAAUUGCAUCAGGAUCUAUGUAGUGUACUACUGCAGUAGUACUACUACUUCCUCUACUACGCAGUAUUUCCAUUUACUGCGCUGUCUUUGUCCUCCAUGAGUGUGGUUACAGUUUAUCCCUGAAGUGGAGCUGAACGGCCAGAUUUUUUUAGAGCUUUUUUUUUAUCCCCAUGCCACCUAAGAGAGACGCAGGGACUUCAGCACAACCGCCAAUGAAGAUGAUAAAGAUCGGCACAGACGCACAGGAGUUUGGCUGUGAUCCAGUGGAGGAUAAGUACAGGCUGGGUGAAGAGUCCAGCUACUCACCUUUUCCCAUCAAUGAGAGUGAAACCAUUGAAUUUGACGACGAAAAUGUUGCAAGUCCAGGCAUCAGAACAGACACCAUCAGUCUCCUCAUGAAAAUAGAGCAACUGCAGGCACAGCUCAAGUAUGAACGCAGAUGUAGAAUUUUGGCCGAGAGAGAGCUGAGGGAGCUGAGAGAGAUGAACACUCUCAUGAUGCAGAUGAGGCACACGGCACAUGAACUACGAGUCACCCUGGAUCACGUUCUCCAAGGAGGCGAGGGAGCAGUUAUACCGCAAAACUCUCAAGAUGAAACCACCCCUUUCCUGGCAGAGCCUGAGGCAGAGAUAAGAGCGGUUCAUAAUAUCCCAGAGGAUGACCACAACAUCCUGUUUCUCUCUGAGACCCUUCGAGUACCAAAAAAUCUUUAUGAGCGCAUAGCAGAGAUUGCAGACUACAAGAAGUACACUUCAGCACUGCUGAUGAUACUUUUUGACAGAGAGACGUUGGCCACACACUCUCUGCAGGGCAGGAGGAACACCUUUACAGGAGAGGAUUGCCACAAGCCUCAACUCCCACCUGAGAUCUUGAGAAGUAUAAUUGAUCACGUGGCAGUCAAGUUCGGUGUUGAUAGCAGCCAAAUAAAAACUGCAAUACGGACAAAGUUGAAUAAUGAGGACAAACUAUUAAAGAAGAGGCUGGGUCUGGCUAAAGCUGAAAACAAAGCGAUUAUUGAUCAAAGCUUUUGCCAGGAGGCUUCACUCCUGCCUGAAAAUGGAGCAAUGACAAAUGACUCUCAAUUAUAGCAUCUCAAGUCUGCCUUCAUUUAAUAUGUUUUGUUGGUCACCAGUUUUUCAUGUCUGAUUAAAAAUGUGUGACAAGUAACCUUUUUAAAUUCAUAUCUAGUUUAUUCAAUUUAGUGCUUGAAGUCAGUUUAUUUUUUCAGUUCUUUUUAGCAUUCUCCCUUUUUUACUGUUUUUUUUGUCUAUUGUACAGUUAUUCAGAAAGUGUAAAGUUUAACCUGGUGACCCAACCAAGCCAUUCAACAGCACUAUAAAGCUUCACAUGUGUAAUCGUCAGUGGUAAAAACAACCAAAUUUUCUUAUUUAGUUUGAGGUAGUAGGUGGCUGUGUCUAAGUAACAGGUUUGUGAAAUUGAUCUUUGUCAAACAUAUAUACUGCAUUUUAAUCUGGUGCCCUUUGUGUGUUUGAAAGUAUGAAAUGUUUAAAAUAAUAGAGAUUUCAUUUGUACCUUGUUGUUUAUGACAAAUUGUGCAUUACACCAAGUGAUACCAGUUUUCUACUAUUUUGCAAUUUUAGAAUAAGCCAGAAGUGAUAAUUAACUUUCCCACCUCCACAACGUCUGUACCACCACUUCUCUGUUUGUUGUGCUUCACUGUGUAAGGGCCAGUAAAAUUUGGAACUGUUAACCUUCUGUUAUCUUAACUUGGACCCUUUGUUUCAUCACCACAUUAAAGUGCAAUAUGUUCUCAUGGGAA